AUGGAUCGCAUAUGUAGAAUCAUAUCGGACUCGGCAUAUGAGCCGUUGGAGGAUCAGGAUGAUGAUGCUGAGGAUCAUGCCCAGCGGCCACCAUUGAACCGCUUCUCAUGGUUCGAAUAUGGUGUUUUCUCCCUCUUGGGAGUUGCCAUGCUAUGGGCCUGGAACAUGUUCUUGGCUGCCGCCCCAUAUUUCCAUGAUCGCUUUGGAUCAAGCGAAUGGCUCGCAACACAUUAUCAAUCCUCGAUCCUGUCCGUUUCAACCGUCACCAACCUCGUCACAGCAUACACACUGGCCCGAAAACAAAAGAACGUCUCAUACCCAAGGCGCGUGACGGUCUCCCUCGUCUUGAACUGUACCAUCUUCACUCUCCUGGCCUUUUCGACCAUUGCACUCAGAGAUAUCUCAGCCUCGGCAUACUUCAGUUUCUUGAUGGUCAUGGUACUUGGUGCAAGUCUGGCCACAGGGCUUAAUCAGAAUGGCGUCUUUGCCUACGUUGCAGGCUUUGGUUGGGAGGAGUAUACACAGGCUAUCAUGGGUGGCCAGGGUGUAGCCGGUGUGUUACCCUGUAUCGCACAGAUUCUCUCUGUCCUGGUAGUUCCGAGGAGAGCUUCCCGCGAUCAAGAGACGCAUGCAUCGCCCAAAUCCGCAUUCAUCUACUUUUUGACUGCGACCGCUGUGUCGGUGCUGACUCUGUUCGCCUUUCUUUAUCUCCUCAAAAAGCGACCUCACACGCGGCCCAAGUCUCGAGGAGAUGACGAGGAUGAGGACGUGAAUCUAGUCGAUCAUGACCACAGCCAUAAUAAGACCGUGAGCCUAUGGACUCUAUUCAACAAGCUGAGAUAUUUAUCUAUUGCUGUCUUCCUCUGUUUCACCAUUACCAUGAUGUCAUUCCCGGUCUAUACUUCUGAAAUCCUGUCAGUCAAUGAUCCGGAGAAGUCUCGACUCUACGAUCCAUCCGUCUUCAUUCCAUUGGGAUUCCUGUUCUGGAACGUAGGAGAUCUCGGUGGAAGGAUACUUGUGUCGAGUCCCAGACUCUCUCUCGCCCACCGCCCACGGCUCGCUUUUAUCUUUUCCAUUGCACGAAUUGGUUUCGUUCCGCUUUACUUGCUCUGCAAUGUUAACGGCCGAGGCGCGUUUGUGUCCAGUGACUUUUUCUACCUCUUCAUUGUACAGCUCUUCUUCGGAAUCACCAAUGGAUACCUAGUUUCGAGCUGCAUGAUGGGCGCGAGUUAUUGGGUUGCCGAUGAUGAGCGAGAGGCAGCUGGUGGCUUCAUGAGUAUGAUGCUUGUUGGAGGGCUGGCGGCUGGUAGCUUGUUGAGUUUCCUUCUGGCCAGUUAG